UCGGAGGUUGCGAAGGGGUGAGACGUGUGUUUUUUUUUCCGCCGCGAUUCGGAACUGCUUUCGGGUCCAAGCGAGAUGAGAUAAGACAGGCGGUCUAGAAUUCCCCUUUGCCCGCGCGACAACCUUGGCCUUGGCAGGGUUAUCCAGACGGGAAUAGACGCUUCAUCAGAAUGCAGCUGCCGUUCCUCCUGUGCUGCACCCUGGCGACCGCCACCGCAACCAUUGUACUUACGCGCGCUGUGGUUCCAGACCGUGUGAUCCGCCUCCGGAACCUAAACUGCGCGUCUGACCUCGGCGAGACGGGUGUGUGCAUGUUCGCGUGGCAUUGCAGCACCUCUGGCGGCACCCACCUGGCGACGUGCAUGGACGGAUUUUUCUUUGGGUCCUGCUGUCGUCUGCCGGCCGAAAACGCGACAGAGGAACCUGGCGGCAAAAAUAAAACACAGCUGAGCGUGGCCUCCGACCCGCCCGGGAUCCCCGAUGCUGCGUCGACGACUCCAACGACUCCUCACCCUAAGGUCAAACCACCGCUGAAAGGGUCGUCUUCUACGUCACCUGCGCUACACGACCUCCAAGGUUCUUCUGCGACGCCACUCCCGACCCAAGAGUCUUUGGCAACGGCCCUAUGGAUCCAAGAGUUCACAACGACCAACCUGAUUCAGGAAGUUUCACCCACGACCCUGCCGACAACCCUCACGAUCCAGGAUUCCAUCACGACGACCUCCCCAACUGAGCUUCCGGCAAAUGACUGGUUUUAUGAGGCGUCUACCGGCCCGCCCAGUGACGAGACUUCUGUCGACCAGGAAACCACGGACGAAAAUGUUAUGAACGAGUCUCAGCCGGAGGCGCUGGACAAUCUUCAUCAGCAGCCUACAGAAGGGUCUCAGCCAGAAACCACAGAAAAGGGUCAGCAGGAGACCACAGACAAGACUAAUCCAGAAACCACAACCAACAGUCAGCAAGGGACACCAGGAGAGAUCGAAAAAGAAGUCACAGGCGAAACUCAGCAAGAUACCACAGAUGAUAUCCUACAGGAAGCCGCAGAGAUGGCCGAACAGGAGCUCUUAAAAAAUAUCAGCAACGCGCAUCACGAAGACGUGUGUGGCAGGCCCCUCUACCGCACUGCAAGGGUCGUCGGGGGAAAUCGGGCCUCCUUUGGCGAAUGGCCUUGGCAGGCAUCUAUCAGAGUGUGGCGCGCAAGCACGAACAUGCACGUGUGCGGCGGCGCACUGUUGACCAGCCAGUGGGUCGUCACAGCGGCGCAUUGUACCAACAAGCGGAGGGCCAACCAGGUGACUGUGGUUCUGGGCGAGCACGACUUCGAGACUCUCCAUGAACCUUACGACCUCAUCAACAGCAGGGUCGAGGCGGUCAUCCAACAUCCGUUCUUUAACUCUUUGAAUUACGAGUAUGAUAUUGCAUUGCUCAGGCUUCGUGAUCCAGUAGCGUUCCAGCCGAAUAUACUGCCCGUGUGUCUACCCAAGGAGGAUGACGACCUUGCGGGAGAAACGGGCGUGGCCACAGGAUGGGGAAGGCUCUACGCAGGAGGCCCCCUGCCCUCCGUCCUUCAGAAGGUGGAUCUCCCAAUCGUCAGCAACGCGAAGUGCAUAGACAUGUUCCAGGAGGCUGGCUACAAGGAGCAUAUCCCAGACAUCUUCCUGUGUGCGGGAUACAAGGAGGGAAAGCAAGAUACCUGUGACGGCGACUCGGGCGGCCCUCUGGUGGUGUUCCGCGAAGGCGUGUGGACCCUCGCCGGAAUCAGCUCGUGGGGCAAAUCGUGCGCGAAAUCCAACCAGCCGGGCGUUUACACUAGAGUUUCGAAGUACAGAAACUUCGUACAGAGAAUCAUACAUUCCGCAUGACACACAAGCAUUCAAUGCUUCCUAGCUUAUCGGUUCCUGAUCUGUUUCAUAGGGACGCUCUGUAUGUUGGAAACUGAAACAGAACUUUAUUCUUAGUCGUACGUGUAUUGAACAUUAUCAACACUGCAUCAAAGAAAAUGUUAUCAACAGAAAACGAAACCCAACUCGGAGACAUGAUGUAUUUUUCACACAUUUCUUUCUGAAGAAUUGCCUUCCUCGAUUUUCUUUUUUGCUGCCAAAGAUGUGAGCCAAAGCUGAAGGGCAUUGUUGUGUUUAAGCAUUUCCUGGUUUUGUGCAAUGUUGCAUUUCUGCAUUUAUGUUACGCAUUCCUUUGUUGUGGUAAUGAUUAUGAUAAUAGUCAUUAUAACGAUAAUCUAAUGGCAAUUUUACUAUUUUUAUAACAAUUUCUGUGUUCAAUGUUAAUAUCGUUA